UACUCUCGCCGGCAGGUGGUGUGUGAGGUGUUCACAUUUGUAUUUUAAAAAUCGAGAUCUAAGCACAAGAGUUGAAUGAAUGGCAAGGAUUUUCUUUGAGUGAUUACUAAUAAAUCAAAAUGAGUAGUAGUUCUAGCAUUCCAGUGAUUGAUUUCAAGGAAUUCCCAUUGCAAUCGCACAAACUGCUGCAAGCAUCCCAAGAUUGGGGAUGCUUCAGGCUCAUCAAUCACACCAUUUCCCCCAAUUUAAUGGCGGAGAUGAAAGCUUCGGUGAGAGCUCUCCUCGAUCUCCCCGCCGAUAUCAAACAACGGAACAAAGACAUCAUCGCCGGCAGCGGAUACGUCGCUCCCUCCAAAAACAAUCCUCUCUACGAAGGAUUAGGUCUUUACGAUAUCGCCUCGCUCGAAUCCGUCCAUCACUUCUGCUCUCAGCUCGAAGCUUCUUCUUCCCAGAGGGAAACCAUUGUUAAGUAUUCUGUAGCUGUCCAUGAACUGGCGAUGGAGUUGGGUCGAAUGCUAUGCCGAAGCAUGGGAUUCGACGGAGAUUUGUUUCGGGGCUGGCCUUUCCAGUUCCGGAUAAACAAGUAUUGCUUCACUCCUCAAAGCAUAGGAUCAUCAGGGGUUCAAACUCACACGGACUCCGGAUUCUUAACCAUUCUACAAGACGAUGAGAACGUUGGUGGUCUCGAGGUGCUGGAUGAGAGAUCUGGAGAGUUUGUUUCUGUUGAUCCAUUGCCAAACUCUCUUCUUGUCAACUUCGGAGAUGUUGCCAAGGUGUGGAGCAAUGGGAGAUUCUGCAACGUAAGGCAUCGUGUGCAAUGCAAAGAAGCAGCAGUGAGGAUUUCGAUUGCUUUGUUCGUGUUGGGGCCCAAGGAGGCAGCAAUAGAAGCGCCUUCGGAGCUUGUGGACGCUGAGCACCCGCGGCUCUUCGUCCCAUUCACGUUUGAAGAUUACAGGAAGCUCCGGCUCUCCACCGGACUGCGUGCUGGUGAAGCUCUGGCGGAUCUGGUGUGUAAGCCCUCAAGCUAGUGGCAGAUACAACCAUCUUUGUUAUGUGGUUUUUACACAUGCCAUUGUGCAUCUCUCGUUUUCCUUGUAUAGACCUGUUUAAAGAAUAAAAGCAUUAAUUAUUGUUUAUUAAAAAUUUUAAUAAUACAUUUUAAAGAGAAUAUUA